GUCUCAGUGUUUGGGUCUUGUCGUGUGCAUGCUAUCAAAAUAAUUUUGAAAUAAAAAAAUUUCGAACUAGUUAUAAUAAUUUCAAUGUGAUUAAUGACUAUUACUUAAGUGUUUUUUUUUUUGUGUUCGAUUGUUAAGAUGACGGCGAACAUGUAUCGUGUUGGAGAUUAUGUAUAUUUUGAAACAUCCUCAACAUCACCUUAUCAAAUUCGAAGGAUAGAGGAACUAAACAAAACGCCGUCUGGGAAUGUAGAAGCAAAGGUGAUGUGCUUUUACAGACGUCGAGAUUUACCUAGCUCGUUAAUCCAACUCGCUGAUAAACAUCAAAUGGCCAAUAGUGAUGAGUCGCCAGUGGCGAUGAAACUCAAAAAGAUGUGGCUGAAAACGCCAAGCGGUGUGGAGGCAGACGAGCCUCCCGCCGUAAUGGAUCACAGCCUCUUAGGUGCCUUAGAAGAAUCAUCUGCCAGUGGUGUAGGAAGUCCAGGUAGUGGAAAUACAACAACUGCACCGGUAGAAAGUAAACAGCGACAUCAAAUGAAGCAUCGAGAGUUAUUUUUAUCACGCCAAGUUGAAACAAUUCCUGCCACACAUAUUCGAGGAAAAUGUUCUGUUACGUUAUUGAAUGAAACUGAAUCGUUAUCUAGUUAUCUUAAUAAAGAGGACACAUUUUUUUACUGCCUAGUAUUCGAUCCUACACAGAAAACAUUAUUAGCCGAUAGAGGAGAAAUUCGCGUUGGAAGUAGAUAUCAAAGUGAUAUAAUUUCGUUAUUAAAAGAAGGUGAACCAGAUCCUCGAAAUACAGAACCACCAUUAGAAACAUUAGUAUGGACACCGUAUCAUGGUUUAACGGAUCGACAAAUAGAUCAAUUUCUUGUGGUGUCAAGGUCAGUUGGUACAUUUGCCAGAGCAUUAGAUUGUAGUUCGAGUGUUAAACAACCGUCAUUACACAUGUCUGCAGCGGCUGCGUCAAGGGAUAUUACGCUUUUUCAUGCAAUGGACACACUACAUCAACACAAUUAUUCAUUAUCUAGUGCGUUAGCGUCAUUAGUGCCAUCAACUGGACCUGUUCUGUGUCGUGAUGAGAUGGAAGAAUGGAGUGCGUCAGAAGCGAAUCUAUUUGAAGAAGCUCUAGAUAAAUAUGGAAAAGAUUUUAAUGAUAUACGUCAAGAUUUUUUACCUUGGAAAACGUUAAAUAAUAUUAUUGAAUAUUAUUAUAUGUGGAAAACAACAGAUCGAUAUGUUCAACAGAAACGAGUGAAAGCUGUCGAAGCUGAAUCAAAAUUAAAACAAGUCUACAUUCCUAACUAUAAUAAAUCAAAUCCGGUUGCAUUAAAUAACGGCAAGUCUGGUAUAGUUAAUGGCAGUAGUAAUGGAAACGGUGAUCCAAUUGUGUCUGCUAUUGGUAAACCAUGUGAAUCAUGUAAUGCGAUUGUAUCACAACAAUGGUACGCCUGGGGUCCAACACAUAUGCAAUGUCGCUUAUGUCAAAGUUGUUGGCAAUAUUGGAAACGAUACGGUGGUUUAAAGGCACCAUCAAAAAUCGGUGAAAAUGAUAUUGAAAUGGCUGCAAAAAAGAAACUCAAUAGUGGAGAGAUUGAGGAUGAACGAUUACUGCCAGCUAGUGCAAUGUCACAGCAUAGACCACAUAGGCAUUAUCAAACGGCACACGGAAUAGUAGUUCGAUCAGGUUCACCACGGCCGAUAAUGAAAACAAGAUCAGCAUUUUAUUUAUAUACGACACCAUUAACGCGAAUAUCUAGAAGAUUAUGUAGACAUCUAAUGCGACCACGACAUGCGGCUAGAGCACCGUUCUUCGCAAUAAACAUAGCUGCAGUGAAACAAGAAUGUGCUCUUGCAAUGACCGGUAAAUCAUUAUUAGAACUUCGAGCGUUAUUAAUUUAUAGAAGGAAAGAACGGGGUAGUGUUACUGAUAUUGCUACAAGACUUGGUAAUCCUGGCAGUGUGGUACCUGAAUGGUUAAUUUUAACGGAUCGUGAUAAUAUGCCCAAACCUGUACAUGUAGCAUUUCCAAAACCACCGAAAGCACCAGAUGGUAGUCUUUUAUAUGAACGUGUUCCUAAUAAACCUGAAGCUGAAAAAAUACCUUUAAAUAGUAUGUCUCCAUCGUUAAAACGAAGAUCAUACGAAGAUAUAAAUGGGGUUGAUGGCUUUUACUCGGAUUUGGAUUGGGAUGAUGGUGGAGCCAUUGCUCCACCAGCUGCAAAACGACCAAAUAAGGAUCCAAUGCCUUUACACAGACCUUCACCUGAACAAUAUGCUGCAAUGGUUGCUGCCGCGGCAUCAACAGGACAACCUUUACCUAGACAUAUUGCUCAUGUAAGCACGCUGAAUGGCAAAUUGAAAAUAGCACAUAUGGCACGAACUGGUUCCGGUAGAAAACAAGUAAUUACAUCACCCGAUGCUCCCGAUGAUGUGUAUUUCCGAGCUACUGAAGCUAGCAGAAAAGCCAGACGAGCUGUAACAUCUGUAGAAUUAAGACGAGCAGCGAGAAAACCCUGGAAACCAAUGAGCGGCGUCGUUGCCACGUUGCCAAUAAUACCACCAACAGUCACACCACCAACUCUCCCUUUAAUUCCAAUAAUACCAACACGUGCAAUCACCACAGAGGAACCACAAGUUGUAAUUCUUGAUUGACCUCAUUCACAGCAUUACUACAGUUUUAUGGACAACAGCAAUCCACGUUAAUUUAUUUAAAAUAAAAUAAACAAAAUGUCACAGAAUGUUUAGAGUUAAAUUAUUAAUACACAUUAUACAUUGGUCGUGUUCAGAACAACAGAGUGCUGAGUAUGUUAGACACUAUGGCAUAAUUGAGUACAAUGUUCUUCGUCAUAAACUGCUGACUUUUAAAGUCAUUAUUUGAUAAUUUUCAAAAUGGUUGAAAAUUUGAGAAGCUGUUGUUGAAAGUCCUGCUUAACAACUUUUCCCUCUACAAAAAUGUGCACACCAGAAACAUCUCUUUCAAAGAGCUUGGAAUAUUUUUAAAUACACGCACUUUGAAAAUUGGUCGCGCAUUUCGUUCUUUCAAGUGUCGGGCAAAAUGAUUUUUGCAUUUGCUUUAUUGCCAUACAAAUAUAAUUUUUCAGCCCCCCCCCCCCUGAAAAAGAAAUGAACCCACAGCUAUUCAAAUUCACAUGGAAACAAAAUUGUUUAGCACGACUUUUGCAACAGCUUCUUAAAUUUCUAGUCGUUCUGAAAUAAUUAUCAAAUACAACGUCUAGCCCUAGUUAGACCCAUAAAUCAUGCAUAAUGACUUUUUAGUCACCAAGGCUGUUCAAAACAAAGAACGCUAUACUCAAUUAUGUUAAAUGUCUAACUUAACAAACACACUUAGUUGUUCUGAACGCGACCUUUUUUUUUUAAAUUCAGUUUAAUAUAUAAUGAACAAUUUUUAUGAAUGUGAUUUAAAACAAAACAAAAAAAAAAAAAACUACUCAAAAAACAAAAAACAGUUGUGUAAAGAAUAAUAUUGUGCUUAAAAGACGUUUUUAAAUGUAAGAACAUAAUUAUUAAUUACAAUAAUUAUUAACAUUUAGAUUAAUUUAUUCUCUGAAUGUGUUGUGCCCCUUUAUUCGCACUGCAGUGAUUGGUGUGUACAAAGAUACAAUGAAAACAAAUAAUAAUAAAAGAUAGAAAUUU